AUGGUCCAGUUAAUGAAUCCUCAAAUUGCGCUGGCUGCCAUUCUAGCGGCCACCCGCGACGGCCCUUCAUCAACUUCCUUGGCCUCGGUUGCCGCCGCAACAGGAGCUCAAUACUCAUCCACCUUUGACCUAACCAGCAGCUGGGCAAACCUCAGUCCUUAUAAGCCAGCCGAUGGAUUUGGAGUGCCGAGAGGAGUUCCCCGGGGCUGUGAGCUUUCGCAGGUCCAUAUCCUGCAUAGACAUGCUGAGCGCUAUCCAGAGUCGCCCUGGUUUGAUGGAGGCGGUAUAAGGAGCUUUAGUGAGAAGCUACAGACUUACAAUUAUAACCACGACAUUUCUCUCGGUGCAGGAGCUCUAGAAUUUCUCAAGGAUUGGAAGUACAUCCUCGGUCAGGAUAUCUUGCUUGCUACAGGUGCUGCAACGGAAGUGUUGUCCGGUGCAGAUACCUGGUCAAAAUACGGUCGGAUGCUGUACCGGGCGCCACCUGGAAUGGCAGUCUGGGAUCCUGAAUUAAAUGUGUAUCCGAACGGAACUCAAAGGCUAAAGCCGGUUUUUAGGACAACAAAUAAGCAGAGGGUUUUAGAGAGCGCGAGGUGGUGGUUGACCGGUUUCUUUGGACAUAGUGAUGCCAAUAAAUCAUUCGAGCUAGUGGUGAUACCAGAGGGUGAUGGCGUCAAUAAUACUCUGGCAGCUGAGCAUUCCUGCCCAGGUGAUUUAAAAGAAGGAACGCAUGCAUCUGAGGAAUUUAUUCCCAGGAUGAUCAAACAUCCUCUAGCCCGCCUCUCAAAGCUUUUUCCGGAAGACUUCAAUCUAACAACCUCGGACGUACUGGCGAUGAUGAACCUCUGCCCGUACGAAUAUGCUACGCUAGGUAGCUCAUCCUUUUGUGAACUUUUCACCGAGCAAGAGUGGCGUGACUUUGCAUAUAAUCUUGAUAUGCGACUUUAUGGCGCUUCCGCAUUCGGCUCUCCUACGGGUCGAGCCCAGGGCAUUGGAUAUAUCCUCGAGCUUGCAGCUAGGCUUGAAGGUAAGUUGAUCCAGUCCAGUGAUACAAGUAUCAAUACCACUUACGACAACAACUCAACUACCUUUCCGGUGGAUCAACCCCUGUACAUGGACAUGACCCAUGACAAGGUCAUCAUUGGUACCCUCACUGCUCUAGGCAUCCAGUACUUCAACCACGGGCCUAAAGGCAUGCCCUCAGCGGUAGCCCAUGCUGUUCCUCGUACUUUUGAGUUAAACAAAGUGGCCCCCUUCGGAGGACGUUUAGUCUCGGAGGUUUGGACCUGCCCUAUGGAUGCAAGUUUAGAGGUUUUGGAUAGAACUCUUUAUAAGAACCCCGACUUAUCCAAAGCCAAACAUAAAAUCGAUUAUAUCCGUUUCGUCGCCAACGUUUUACGAGCGGUGCCAAAGCUUAAAGAGAAAGCCAUGUAUCAGGAGGCUUGCUACAAGAAUUAUACACCUGGGCAUCAGGUUGGAGACGGACGACCUGAAAUAUGA